ACAUUUUCGUAUCUAAAUUCUAAAACAGAGGCGCCCUCUCUGCUCAUUCUUUCAUGCCAGAUCUCUGACUUUCUUCGCUCUUUGAGAAUUUUUUUCCGGAGGAAGCGCAGAUUUGAACUGAAUUGAGGAGGAAAUUGGGGGUCAGAAGGAAUGGCGGGGCGUGCGGCGGGUGGGUUUGUGGCGCGGGCAUUCGAGUCGAUGCUCAAAGAAUGUUCUCACAAGAAGUACAAUGCUCUUCAGUCCGCAAUUCAGACGUAUUUGGACAGUGGAAAGGACUUCAAUCAGCAGUCAAACAUUGGUGAGGCUAAGCAAGUUUUGUCAGCAGCUUCAAAUCAAAGUGGUUCAUCGGUAUCUGACUCUGGUACUGAAAAAUUUGAGAUGGGAUCUGAUGAUUCAGCUAGAGCUCCAUCUGCGGCUGAGCCUACAAAAAAUACUGGGUCGGUCACAACAGUCUUGGCAAAUGCAGGUCAUACUUUAGGAGAAGCUGAGGCUGAGCUUGUUCUUAAUCCACUUAGGCUUGCUUUUGAAACAAAGAACAUGAAAGUGGUGGAGCUUGCUUUGGAUUGUCUUCAUAAACUCAUUGAGUACAAUCAUCUAGAGGGUGAUCCUGGUCUUGAUGGGGGUAAAAAUUCAAAACUAUUGACUGACAUUCUCAACAUAGUCUGCAGUGUUGUGGAUAAUUCACCACCGGACAGUACUACUCUUCAAGUAUUGAAAGUGCUUCUUACUGCCAUAGCAUCCACAAAGAUGCGAGUACAUGGUGAACUACUGGUAGGCAUCAUCAAGGUUUGCUACAAUAUUGCUCUUAAUAGCAAGAGUCCUAUAAACCAAGCAACAUCAAAGGCCAUGUUAACACAAAUGCUCAGUAUCAAUUUUAGACAAAUGGAAACUGAUGCGGUAUGCAAUAAAUUUUGCUUCUCCAAACUCUUUCUUUUGGAGGAUGGGUCAAACUUAAUGGUUGGAGAAGUGUUGUCCAGUGAUCAUAAUGAUCCAAGAAUGAUCUCAGGCAAUGUGUUAUCUAUGAAACAGAUACCUACUGAAGGAAUUCAGAAUCUUGCUGGUGGCGCCGAUGUAAAGGGCUUAGAGGCCGUUCUUCAGAAGGCUGUUGAUCUUGAAGAUGGUGGAAAGGUCACUAGAGGGACAGGUCCAGAGUGCAUGAGUCUCGAACAACGUGAUGCUCUACUUCUUUUCCAUACUCUUUGUAAGAUGAGUAUGAAGGAGGGUAAUGAUGAAUUCACUACCAAAUCACGUAUUCUAGCCCUGGAGCUUGUGCAGGGUUUACUGGAAGAUGUUGGCCACUUGUUCACAAAGAAUUUUCAAUUUAUUGAUUCAAUUAGAGCUCACCUUUCAUAUGCAAUAUUACGAGCAUCAGUGUCCCAGUCUCCUGCCCUAUUUCAGCAUGCAACAGGAAUUUUGUCAGUUCUUUUGUUGAGAUAUAGGGAAAGUUUCAAGGUUGAAAUUGGAGUCCUUUUUCCCUUGAUUGUGCUAAAAUCUUUCGAUGGAUCAGAUCUUAACCAAAAACUAAGUGUUCUUCGGAUGCUGGAGAAACUGUGCAAGGAUCCUCAGAUGCUUGUUGACUUCUACAUAAACUAUGAUUGUGAUCCUGAAGCACCAAACCUGUUUGGAAGGAUGAUUGCCACAUUAUCGAAAAUUGCUCAAGGUACUCAAAAUGUGGAUCCUAAGUCUUCUACUGCAUCCCAAAUAGGAUUAAUUAAGACAUCAUCUCUUCAGGGUCUCGUAAACGUGCUUAAAUCACUAGUGAUUUGGGAGAAGUCACAUAGAGAAUCCAGAAAGCAGAAUCAAGGAAAGGAAUCUCUUGAAGUGUAUGAUUCCCUUAGAGGUGAAUCAAAUAGUAGGGAAGAUUCACUAAGCGACUUUGAGAAGUUGAAGGCGCAUAAGUCUACCAUAGAAGAUGUUAUCUCUGAGUUCAAUCGGCAUCCCAGGAAGGGCGUGCAACAUCUGAUAUCCAGUCAGUUAGUGGAGAAAACUCCAGCUUCAGUUGCUCAGUUUCUUCUGAGUACUCCCAACUUAGACAAGGCUAUGAUUGGGGACUACUUGGGCCAGAAUGAGGAGUUCUCUAUUGCUGUUAUGCAUGCUUAUGUAGAAUCUUUGAACUUCUCUCGAAUGAAAUUUGACAUCGCAUUUCGUGAAUUCCUUAAAGGGUUUCGACUUCCAGGGGAAGCUCAAAAGAUUGAUCGCAUAAUGGAAAAGUUUGCAGAGCGCUACUGUGCAGACAAUCCUGGUCUGUUCAAGAAUGCAGACACAGCUUAUGUCCUUGCUUAUGCAAUUAUUAUGCUGAAUACGGAUGCUCACAAUCUAAUGGUGUCCUCGAAAAUGUCAAAAAGUGAUUUUAUUCACAUGAUCACCAUAAAUGUUUUCGAAGAAUCUGUUCCUCAAGAACUCUUGGAGGACAUGUACGACUCAAUUGUUAAAGAAGAAAUAGAAAUGAAAGAUGACCCUGCUGCAAAUUUGGAAAAGAGUAAGCAAAAUCCAGAAGUAGAGGAGGGAGUUCGCUAUGUCGAUAUUCUCAAUCUGGCCCUCCCCAAAAGGAGCUCUUCAACUGACUUCAAGUCUGAGAAUGAGGCAAUUAUCAGACAAAUUCAGACUGUGAUUAAGGCUCAAAGAGGAAAAAAGGGGUUCUUUUAUACUUCGCACAGGAUUGAACUUGUGCGUCCCAUGGUCGAAGCUGUAGGAUGGCCAUUACUUGCUACUUCUUCUGUUACAAUGGGUGAAGUGGGUGAAGUUGAGAACAAACCAAGGAUUAGUCUUUGCAUGGAAGGAUUCAAAGAAGGUAUAUGCAUAACACAUGUUCUAGGAAUGGACAAUAUGCGCUACGCAUUUUUGACAUCUUUGUUGAGGUUUAAUUCCUUACAUGCACCAAAAGAUAUGCGUGGCAAAAAUGUAGAGGCACUAAGCACUCUUCUUGCUUUAUGUGAUACUGAGAUAGACGCCCUUAAAGACUCUUGGUCCACCAUUCUGGAAUGUAUUUCCCGCCUUGAAUAUCUGGUCUCCUCGCCUGCUAUGACUGCAACCAUCAUGCAAGGAUCUAAUCAAAUCUCAAAGGAUGCUAUUCUUCAGUCUUUGAGAGAGCUCUCUGGAAAACCAACUGAACGAGUAUUCUUGAAUUGCCUCAAUUUACCCAGUGAAUCAGUGGUGGAGUUUUUCUCUGGCUUGUGUAGUGUAUCUGCAGAGGAAUUAAAACAGACUCCAGCUCGUGUUUUUAGCUUGCGCAAGGUCGUUGAAGUUAGCUAUUACAAUAUGGGUCGUAUACGGAUGGUUUGGGCUAGAAUAUGGUCGGUCUUGGCUAAGCAUUUCAUAUUAGCUGGGAGCCAUGAUGAUGAAGAAAUUGCUAGAUAUGCUAUAGAUUCUCUACGUCAACUUGGUAUGAAAUAUAUGGAGCGUGCUGAACUUGCAAAUUUCACUUUCCAGAAUGAUAUUUUGAAACCAUUUGUUGUUCUCAUGCGAAGCGGCAGAAAUGAAUCCAUACGAAGGCUUAUAUUGAAUUGCAUUGUUGGAGUGAUAAAAUCUAAAGUUGGAAGUAUAAAGUCCGGCUGGCGAAGUAUUUUCAUGAUUUUCACCACAGCUGCAGAUGAUGACCUGGAAGCCAUUGUUGAAAGUGCAUUUGAGAAUGUGGAACAGGUUAUCUUGGAACAGUUCGAUCAGGUUAUUGGGGAUUGCUUCAUGGACUGUGUGAACUGCCUGAUUCGGUUUGCCAAUAAUAGAAGUGCUCAAGGCAUAAGUUUGAAGGCUAUUGCUCUCCUCCGGAUAUGUGAAAAUCGUCUUGCAGAGGGCCUUAUACACGGGGGUUCUCUGAAACCUAUCGAUAUCCCAGCAGAUGGAACUCGUGAUCUGAUUGAGCAUUAUUGGUCCCCUAUGCUGGCUGGUCUUUCUGACCUGACAUCUGAUCCAAGAUCAGAAGUCAGGAAUUGUGCACUUGAGGUUUUGUUUGAUUUGCUGAAUGAGAGAGGCAACAAAUUCUCAUCUUCAUUCUGGGAGAAUAUUUUCCAUCGAGUCCUGUUUCCCAUCUUUGAUCAUGUGAGACAAGCUGGAAAAGAGAGCUCUAUAUCUUCCGGGGAUGAGUGGCUACGUAAAAGCUCCGUUCAUGCACUACAAUUGCUUUGCAACCUUUUCAACACUUUUUACAAGGAUGUAUCUUUUAUGCUGCCCCCUCUGCUCAGUUUAUUGUUAGAUUGUGCAAAGAAAACGGAUCAAACAGUAGUUUCAAUAUCUUUGGGUGCAUUAGUGCACCUCAUUGAAGUUGGAGGACACCACUUCGGUGACCAGGACUGGGAUACUUUGUUGAAAAGUAUAAAUUUGCAGGAUGUAUCUUUUAUGCUGCCCCCUCUGCUCAGUUUAUUGUUAGAUUGUGCAAAGAAAACGGAUCAAACAGUAGUUUCAAUAUCUUUGGGUGCAUUAGUGCACCUCAUUGAAGUUGGAGGACACCACUUCGGUGACCAGGACUGGGAUACUUUGUUGAAAAGUAUAAAAGAUGCUUCAUACACAACCCAACCCCUUGAGCUUCUCAACAAUCUGGGGUUCGAGAACGAUAAGCACCACAAUAUAUUGUCAGGAGACUUGGAGAUAGCAUCCAUAAAAACCAGUGUUAAUGGAAAUGCACUAAAUGACAAUCAAGAAACAUCACGUGGAGCGGAUGUGGAGGAAUCUGCAGGUAUGGCUUCACCAUCUGGAAGAGCUACAAAACCUACUGAUGGUGGAGGCCUUCAGCGGAGUCAAACAUUGGGACAAAGAAUCAUGGGAAACAUGUUUAUGAGAACUUUUACAUCGAAACCGAAGAACCUUACUUCUGACGUAAUAGCAUCAUCUUCUCCUUCCAAGAUUCCUGAUGCUACCACCGAACCUGAUACCAGAGAAGAGGAGGAAAGUCCGAUGUUGGCUACCAUUAGGAGUAAAUGCAUGACCCAGCUGUUACUUCUGGGUGUCAUUGAUGGUAUUCAGAAGAAAUACUGGGACAAGUUGAAAGCACAACAGAAAAUCACCAUGAUGGAAAUUUUAUUCUCUGUGCUGGAUUUUGCUGCAUCAUAUAACUCAUUUACCAACCUCAGAUCGCGUAUGCACCAAAUUCCGGAUGAAAGGCCGCCUUUGAAUCUUCUCCGCCAAGAGUUAUCUGGAACUUGCAUCUAUCUGGAUAUCUUGCAAAAGGCAACAGCAUCACUUAAUAGUUGUGAAGAGGACACUGUCAGAGAAGAGAAACUUGAAGGAUUAGCUGAACAAAAACUUGUAUACUUUUGUGAAAAGGUGCUGAGAGACACAUCUGAUUUUCAAUCCAGCACGGAAGAGACAACAAACAUGGAAGUUCAUCGAGUCCUAGAACUUCGGUCUCCCGUAGUUGUUAAGGUGCUGAAAAGUAUGUGCCAAAUGAACCCUCGUAUUUUCAAAAAUCACCUCAAAGAGUUGUAUCCUCCCAUCACAAAACUUGUCUGCUGUGACCAGAUGGAAAUACGUAGUGCGCUUGCAGAUCUUUUUACCAUGCAAUUGAGCAAACUGUUGCCGUAGGACUUCAGGUGUUUCUGGGCGUCAAGAGAGUUUGUAAAUUCAGAAAUGGAUGUCUUUAGUGGUCGAUUACCUGGUGAUGCAUUUACAGAAGGAUCAUUUAUUCUUUCUUAUACCGUAGUCUUUUUGUUUUCUCUGAACUUCCGUUGCUCCCAACUGUAGUCAUCUCACUUGCCAAUUAUUUGAAAUUACGACUAUAUAUAGAUACAUACAAUACACACACACACGUCCCAAAGAAUUGGAAGUAAAUGUUCUUUUAUUCCAUUCUAUUUGUAAAAUUUUUGUAGUACGAUAAAAUGCACUUUAUUUUAUGC